AUGCCUGGAGUUCCGUCCAAUAAAGCAUGCGAGCGGUGCAAGAAAAGACACCUGAAGUGUGAUGAAGCGCGUCCGAAGUGUCAACGAUGCAUCAAUGCUGGUGUAGACUGUCCCGGAUAUGUUCAAACGCGCAAGUUCAUUGAUCAGGGUGCUGCCGUGAGGCGCCGGUACGCCCCUUAUCAUGGCGAGGAAGCUUCUAAUCGUCACCACAGUCCAAUCGGCGCCCCAACGAGCACGCUUCCGGGCGAUCCUUCGAGCUUGAAUCAUGACGCCGCCAAGCAGACAAUGCCAAGCCCAAGUCAGUUCCCAUCUGGAGCAGCAACAGCGCCCGCAUCAGGUCCAGCCUUUGGCAUAAGUCAGCUUGUUUCACACUCCCCAGCAGGGGCCUCGUCUCAAGCAAGCUCCCCAGGCGCAAGCAUGCAAGCACGUCAUGCUAUUCGAACUCCUGACUGGGCUGCUCGGGAGAUUGAUCCGAUCGGCAUGGUAGGUUCGGAUCCCGUCAUUGGUCCUGGAUGGAAUGAUGUUCGAAGCUCAAGUACUUCGAACCACGCAUUCGAUAACUCAUCGUACCCUAAUGCUGCGAUGGCGCCUCGACGAAGUCAAGCUUCGUCACAUGCGGAGCAUACUUCGCACAGUCCAUCUCAGGCAGACGAAAAUGAAAGCAUUCAAGACAUGUAUUCCGACCUCAUAAGUGGUUCUGGAUAUGAAGAAUCAUUCUUAGUACGAUACUAUGUCGAGACCUUGGCGCCAUGGUUAGAUCUUUCUGACCCUCGCAAAUUCUUUGCGACUCAUGUUCCGCUACGAGCCAAAGACGAUGUGGCUCUUCAAUACUCCAUCACUGCUCUGGCCGCGAAGCACCUUGGUAGAAUGAAAGGAGUGAAAAUCACCGAAAAUACUGGGUUAUUCACAACUCCUGCGAUACUGGAAACGUACCCUGAUGUGUCGGAUUCAGAGUGGCUGCACAAAGCCACCAUGUACGGCUACCUGGCUGGCCAGCGACUGAACACUGCUCUCUCCGAAUCCUACACAGCAGUAUCCAGCUCUGCUGUGCUGAAAUCCCCUUUCGAGACAAUCAAUGACUGGCUGCGUAAUCAAUCUAAAAACGGCCCCUUCGACCCACAAACUCAAUCCACUCUAGGGAAGAAACUAGAAAACUCCCUCGCUGUUUCGACAAUUCUCAAUCUGUACAAAUCAAUGGAUGAGCCGGCCGAGAAAUGGCAUUCACAUCUCUCCGGUGUCAGACCGCUCUUCGAAUCCAUCGUUAACCUUUAUGAAGGCAUAACACCAGACCCUAAAAGCUUCCCGCAUGGCGUUAUUGCGGCGUUCUGGAACUUUGUCCAUCAGGACUACUUGAGCUCAUUUCUCAAUCGUGUGCAGACACACUUGGAUCCCAGCAAUUUCAAACUCUGGAGGUCUGCCGGUAUACCACUUGAUGAUGAAGGGACCAUCGGGCCUACCAGUGACACUUUUCUUCUUCAAGAAGACCUCUCCUUUCAUUCUCUGGCAUGGCUCUCAUGCAAAGUUGUCAACUUUCUAGCCGACUCGAAAAAAUCGUCCCUGCAACAACUGGUUCGCUCUCCAUCUAGUGAGGGGUCGGAGGGCUCCACCCCGUAUCCCACGACUUCCACAUGGCUGGGGCUUUCGUUCGAGUACCAAACAUGGGUCGAACGACUGCCAGAAUCGAUCCGCCCUUGCGUGCGCCUUGAGAAGCCGCGUAACCUGUCACAUCCGCCCGAGACAAGUCCUGUCCCGUUUCCUGAGAUCUUCUACUCCUUACCAUCGUAUGCCUAUGCGAUGCAAGUGUGUCAUUUCGGCCGCCUCGCAUUGUCUCUGAACCGCCCGACCGAUGCGGUCACGGCUCCGAGCACCGCCUUCGACCGCGUGCAGGGGUAUCGCGAGCUGACCAAGGAGGUGGACUAUCGGUGCCGGGAGAUCAUCGGGAUCGCGCUGGCUCGGCCAUCGAGUUGUGCGCGUGUGUACAUGACACCCCUGCUGUUUGCGGUGGGCCAGUUCCUCGAAGCGCCGGAGGAACGCCAGAUACUAGUGAACCUGCUGCGCGGCAUCGAGGCGGAUCUGGGAUGGGAGACCGACUCGAAGACGAGGAAGCUGCAGACGCUGUGGAGCCAUCAAUAG